UGCGCGGCUGGCCCUUCGCGACCCUGCCGCGGGACGGGGGGCUGCUGCCCGCGGCCCGGUCCCCGAGGCAGCCGGCUGUGCCCCCAGCCCCACUGGGAGCUGGUUGGGCUCCCGUCCCCGAGGGAGCGGGCCGUGCCCCCGGCCGCGCUGGGAGCCGUGAGCCUAGAAGAGCUGCAAAUGCUGUCCUGUGGAGAACCCACUGGCUGUGGUCAGCUGGUGCUUAGCCAGUGACCUGUGGCAGCUCCAGGUGAAGCUCAGCACUGACAGAUCAGUAGGUGGCAACAAGGAGCGGGUGUGGAAGCCAGAAACUUCAGAAACUUCGCCACAAUGAGAUGCCUCACCCAGCCACUGCUCAGGAAGUUGUUGAGCCUCCCACCUCAGUGUGUGCCAGGGCAAGGUACUCCAAGUAAAGGUGCUGUGCUCAGUGCAAAGCAGUUGUUUCUGAGGCAGAGCUGCAGUGCAGGACCUGGGCUCGUGACUGCCACUGAUGUGGCCAACUAUUGGCAGAAGGUGUUCGAGACAAAUGGGAUCCCUGAAGCACAAGAAUCCAGUCAAUAUAUUGUGUCAUUUGUCCUGGGAGCAAAAACAUUUCAGAGUCUGGAUUCAAAAAGCCUCCACACUCCACUUACAGCACUGCAGCAGGAGCAAAUCCAGCAGCUGAGCCACAAGCGGCUACAAAGAAUGCCAGUGCAGUACGUGCUUGGAGAGUGGGACUUCCAGGAGCUGACCCUGAAGAUGAGACCCCCAGUAUUUAUUCCAAGGCCUGAAACAGAGGACCUUGUGUCUUUAGUUGUGGAGGAAGAAUUUCAGAAAUGUGAGAAUUCAGCCCUCUGUGUCCCAAUUCCUGUUCCUCAUCCUGUGAUCCUGGAAAUUGGCUGUGGCUCUGGAGCAAUUGCUCUGAGUCUGCUCUCUAAACUGCCACAGAGCAGAGUCAUAGCCAUGGACAAAGAGAAGGCUGCUGUGGAUCUCACCAGGGAGAAUGCAUAUAGGUUGCAGCUCCAAGAAAGGAUUCACAUCAUCCACCAAGAUGUUUCACACAGUUCUGCCAAACAGCUGCUGCUCUGGGGCCCCAUAGAUGUCAUAGUCAGUAACCCCCCAUAUGUUUUCCAUGAAGACAUGGCUUCCUUGGAUGCAGAAAUACUUUGCUAUGAGGACCUUGGUGCCCUGGAUGGGGGAGAUGAUGGCAUGAGAGUCAUCAAAACAAUCCUGGCUUUGGCUCCUUCUCUUCUGAAGGUUUCUGGGAGUGUGUUUCUGGAAGUUGAUCCCAGGCAUCCAGAUAUGGUGGAGCACUGGCUACAGGCACACCCAGAAUUACUGCUCACCCUCCGUGCCAUUCACAAGGACUUUUGUGGCAAGCCUAGGUUUCUGCACAUCCAGAAACAAAGCAGCUGACAGCUGUGUCAGACGUAACUCUCCUUGAUGCUUUUUGCUCUUGAGCCCAGCUGAGCAGCUGGUUGAAAACUCCUUCUGCCUUGUGGAAGGAAUCUCCAUUCCCCAGAGUGCUGGACUUUUCAUGCAGUGACAGACCCCUCAUAUCCUGACACAGACCUCAUCCAGAGAUCAGAAGUUCAGCUGAGCAUGUGGAAGUGCUUCACCUUCCUCAGGGAACUGCAUGAAACAUUUCAGUCUGCUCUGCUAAAGUGACUCAAUCUCAGGACCUAAGAUAGAAGAGUUCACAGCUCCAGGUUAAAAAUACAACUUCUCAACGUGCCAAAUCACCCAUUUGGCCUAGAAAUAAUUUAAUUAUAUUUUUUUAAUUGGCUUUGAGAUACAUUUAGAUAAAAUGUGACCAGAUGGGGUGAUAAGCUCAAAUCCUGGCUUAUACUGGCACAUGGAUUUGCAGGUAUAACAGGACAUAACUGUUGUGCACAUUUCAAAUGCAGUUCUGUUCCAGGAUCCUGAUGCUCCAAUAGCAAAGCAGCCUUUGUUUCCCACUCCUGCUGAGUGAUUGCCCCUGAAGGAUCAGUGCACAUGUUACAGCCCUGAAUUUACAGCCCUUGACAUUUGGUGGAUGCUGCAAGAAAUGGCCACCACAUUGUAAUAAAGACAGUGCUUCAGACCAGGGUCCUUAAAAGAAUUUCACUACAACUAUUCAGAGAUGCUGGCAGGCCUGAAUAAACAUCUGGCACCAA